UAUUAUAAAAUAUAGCAAGUUAAUGCGCGUGCGUGAAAAAUUAUAUGAAAUCUGGCAUUUCCAUAAUUCAAGAGAUGGAAGUAUAGCAGUGGAACGUUUGAGGAAAUAAAAGUACGUGAAAUUCGUUUUACUUAGGAAAUGUUAAUGAGUUUUGUUAUAUGGUUUAUAUUGUUAAGUUGAGAAGGUGUAGAAAUGUCACGAUCAAAAUCUGAAAAGAUUGGAAAUGGUAAUAAAUGUGAAUUAAGUGUAUGGACACGUGCGAUAACAGCUAAUUCCGAAUGGCCAGACAAAGAAGAAUUUUUGGAUGUUAUAUAUUGGGCUAGACAAGCAAUUGGUAUUAUAGUUGGUAUAGGAUGGGGUCUUAUACCUUUAAAAGGUUUUAUAGCUCUACUAUUAUUUGUAUUAGUUAAUGCGGGUGUUACAUACCUGUAUUUUAGCAAUUUUCAACAAAUUGACGAAGAAGAAUUUGGUGGUAUAUGGGAAUUAACUAAAGAAGGUUUUAUGACAUCAUUUGCUGGUUUUUUGGUCACAUGGAUUAUUAUAUAUUCAGGAUUACAUUUUGAUUAAUCAUUUUUAAACUAAAAAUAUUAAUGCAUAUAUUUUUCAAGAAUCAAGUAUGCAAUUUAUCUAUAUUUUGUGGAAAACAAGUUUUUCAUAUAGAUUAUAUGUUUUGAAUUUAUGGUGUAUUUAAUAAACAUACAAUAGAAUUAUUUGUUA